AGGUGCAGCCGGCGGCCAUCGCGCCGCGCCGACCGCCGCCUCAGCCCGCCCGCAGGUUUCAUUAUUCUGAGGAAUUCCAAAAAUACCCAUCAACAUGCCUGAAAAUCCUGCUGCAGAUAAACAGCAGGUGCUGCAGAUACUUGAUCGUCUGCAAGCAAAACUGCAUGAGAAAAGAGAUUCCCAACAUUAUGAAAACCUGACUGUUCUGCAGAACACCCUCAGGAGCCCUUUGUUUAACCAGAUCCUGACCCUCCAGCAAUCCAUCAAGCAACUGAAGGAACAACUCAAUUAUAUGCCUCCUGAUCGUUCAGUAGAUUUUGAUUUUACAAAGAGAGGGCUACUAGUGUUUGCUGACAGAUCAGUUGCUGCUGGGAGUGCAUACACACCUUGCAGUUCACCUGAACCCAGAGCAUCUACCUUCACUCCAAACCUGGGAGUCAAUGACUUUAAUGCAAUCAUCCAGCAGAUGGCAAAGGGGAGACAAAUAGAAUCAAUAACGAUUGAAAAGCCUUCUGUUGGAGGUCUUGGAUUUAGUGUGGUUGCCCUUAAAAAUCACAGCUUGGGAGAAGUUGGUAUCUUUGUCAAGGAAGUCCAGCAGGGAAGCAUAGCUGACAGGGAUCAAAGACUAAAGGAAAAUGACCACAUACUGGCCAUUAAUUGCACCCCAUUGGAUCAGAACAUUUCCCAUCAGCACGCUAUUGCCCUCCUCCAGCAAUCCACGGGAUCUCUACAUCUGGUUGUUGCUAGGGAGCCAGUUCAAGGAAACAGCAGAACUUCGACUGUCUUAUUAAGUGAUAUAAAUCCACCUGAGACUAUUCACUGGGGCCACGUUGAAGAUGUUGAGCUGAUUAACGAUGGUUCAGGAUUAGGCUUUGGAAUUGUAGGAGGAAAGUCGAGUGGAGUAGUUGUAAGAACAAUUGUUCCUGGGGGACUAGCAGAUCGGGAUGGGAGGCUCCGGACAGGAGAUCACAUCUUACAGAUUGGAGGGACUAAUGUGCAAGGAAUGACCAGUGAGCAAGUGGCCCAAGUCCUGAGAAACUGUGGAAAUUCUGUUAAGAUGAUUGUUGCAAGAGACCCGAAGUGUGAAAUCAUGGAGACUCCACCAGCUCCCAUGAGCUGGCCAGUCAGUACAUUGCCUUCCUUUCAAAAUGGAAAUGAUAAUACCAACCUUUUUGAGACCUAUGAUGUUGAACUUAUAAAAAAGAAUGGUCAAAGCCUGGGCAUAACAAUUGUUGGUUAUGCUGGCACAUCUGACAUAGAAACUUCAGGGAUUUUUGUGAAAAAUAUAAUACCUGGUAGUGCUGCUGACCACAAUGGCCAAAUUCAUGUUCAUGACAAAAUUGUUGCUGUUGAUGGAGUUAAUAUACAGGAUUAUAGCAACCAAGAAGUGGUAGAGGCCUUGCGUAGCACAGGGCAGACUGUGCGCCUUACCUUACUGAGGAGGAAACCUUCUUCUACUAUUUCUUCAGAAAGACCUUCAGACAGAGGAAGAGUCCCACUUCCUCCAGCACAUGAGCUGAAAUCCAAGUGGGAAAACCUGCUGGGACCUGAAUACGAAGUUAUGGUUGUGAAUGUGGAUACGCCCAUUACAGAUGAUGCGGAGCUCCAGAAGUACUCAAAGCUGUUACCCAUCCACACUUUGAGACUGGGAGUUGAGCUUGACACAUUUGAUGGGCAUCACUAUAUAUCAUCAAUUGCUUCAGAUGGUCCAGCUGCAACACUUGGUCUUCUGCAACUGGAGGAUGAACUUCUGGAGGUAAAUGGGGUUCAGCUGUACGGAAGGUCCCGCCGAGAGGCAGUCACGUUUCUGAAGGAAGUGCCACCCCCCUUUACACUGGUUUGCUGCCGACGGCUUCUUGAUGAUGGCAGUGAGUCUCUUGUGGAUGAGCCCACCAUGGGAGUUCCCCCUCCUGAACAAAAGGUGAAACCAGAGGAAGACAUUAAUCCUAAGGAGGAAGAAGGGGAGUUAGCAUUAUGGUCUCCUGAUGUGAAGGUUAUUCAACUGGAGAAAGACAAAAAUGGUUUAGGAUUCAGCAUUUUAGACUAUCAGGAUCCCUUGGAUCCAACAAGAACAGCCAUUGUGAUCAGCUCAUUGGUGGCAGGGGGAGUCGCUGAGCGUGGGGGCGAGCUGCUACCGGGUGACCGCUUGGUGUUCGUGAAUGAGAAAUAUUUGGAUAGUGCAACUUUGGCAGAGGCAGUGGAGGUGUUGAAAUCUGUGCCCCCAGGUACAGUUUCUCUUGGAAUCUGCAAGCCUUUGGUGGGAGAAAGCAAAGAGGAGGAGACCAUGCACAUUGUGGAUUCCAGCAACAUUAAAACCAGCCCUGGGUCUCCAGAACCAACAGAUAAUACUAAUUUCUCAAUAAUACUUGAAGCGCCACAGGGUUUCAGAGAUGAAACACCUUUUAAAGAAGAAUUUGUUGAUGAACCAAUUUUGGGCUUGGGAAGAUCAUUUCAGCUUGCUCAAAAUGACAAUGAGUAUGAGAAGGAGUCCUGGGAGAUGCAUGAAUUUCUGAAACCCAGAACAGAAGAUCUGGAUGAAGAACGGGAAAUGUUGGUGGAUGAUGAGUACGAAGAAGAUCCAGACUUGUUUAAAUAUAAUGCAUCAGGUGGACAGAAGGCACCUUCAGAGAGGAACCUCAAUAUAGAACGAUGGGCAAUGCAAGUUGAGACUAGUGAAAUACAAGGCUUAAGAUCCAGUGGGAACUUAAGUCCAAAGCAGUCCCUGGAAUAUCCAUUCAAAAAUAAUCAAAUGUGUGAAGAAAAUGCUAGUGUAAGUUCCCUGUCUUCUGGAACCACAGCACACAGUGGCUACCAAAAAGACAUAUUUGAUAUUGAAACUACCCUGUCAAAAAGCAACCUGGAUUUAGGUACAAAGCUUCAGAGUGACUCUAAAGAACGUGAACUUGCUGUUGAUCUGGAAGCUCCUGAAAAGGAAGAACUAAAAAGAGAGGAUUAUGUUUUUUCCAAGAACGAGGAAUCUGGGAGAGUUACCACCUUAACUCAGUCUAGAACAGCAUUAUACAGUGAAUUACCUGAGAGAGAAGAAGGAGAAGGAGAAGAAACACCAAACUUCAGCCACUGGGGACCACCACGGACUGUUGAGAUCUUUAGAGACCCUCAUGUGUCUCUUGGAAUCAGUAUUGUUGGUGGACAAACUGUCAUAAAGCGCCUGAGGAAUGGAGAAGAACUUAAAGGGAUCUUUAUCAAACAAGUUUUGGAAGACAGCCCAGCAGGAAGAACAAGGGCUUUAAAAACUGGAGAUAAAAUCCUUGAGGUUUCUGGGGUAGACCUCCAAAAUGCCACACACGAGGAAGCGGUAGAAGCCAUCAAGAAUGCGGGAAAUCCUGUCGUGUUUGUGGUUCAGGGUUUGUCUAACGUACCAAGAGUGGUUUCUGCCAUACAGCCUAAAGGAAUCAAAGUCAGCAAUGAUCAGGAAGCAGACAAAGAAAAGAAGAGUGAAAAGAGUGAAAAGAGAAAAUAUGGGGCUCCACCUCCAAUGAAAUUGCCACCUCCUUACAGAGCGCUUGAAAGACUGCAUGCAGAGGAAGCUAGUGUGGAUGAAGAGGAGGAUGAGGAUGCUUGUACAGAGGAAAAGAUCAGGCAAAGAUAUGCCGAACUACCAGGAGAGUUGCACAUAAUUGAGCUGGAGAAGGACAAAAAUGGGCUGGGGCUGAGUCUGGCAGGCAACAAGGACCGCUCUCGUAUGAGCAUCUUUGUAGUUGGUAUCAAUCCAGAUGGACCUGCAGGACGAGAUGGAAGGAUGCAUAUUGGUGAUGAACUUCUAGAGAUAAACAAUCAGAUAUUGUAUGGAAGAAGUCAUCAGAAUGCUUCUGCAAUCAUUAAGACUGCCCCAUCAAAGGUCAAGCUGGUUUUCAUACGAAGUGAAGAUGCAGUCAAUCAGAUGGCUGUUACUCCUUUCCCAUUACCUUCCAGCUCCCACUCUUCUAUUGAGGACCAUGGUGGCACUGAACCCACAAGCAAUGAAGAAGACCCAAGUUUGGAAGUUGUCAUGAAAAGCUUGACUGAUGAAGAAUCCAACAAAGCUGAUGUGAAAUGUAAAGCUGACAAACCAGUGCUGGUGGAUCAGCAGGAAGUGGAGGAGCAGCUCCCAGAAAAUGUCCUCAACCAGAUCAAACAAUCCAAAACUGCAACAAAAGUACCAGUCAACUUACAGGACAUACCCAUGGUGUCAGCACCUACUUAUCUUUCACCAGAGGCAGGAGUCACCAGCCGUAGCAUCUUUCCACCUGCAUUGCCUGUGGAUCCAGCGACAUGUCCUAUAGUUCCAGGGCAGGAGAUGACUAUAGAGAUAUCUAAAGGUCGGUCAGGUCUGGGACUCAGCAUCGUUGGGGGGAAGGACACUCCACUGGAUGCCAUAGUGAUCCAUGAAGUGUAUGAAGAAGGGGCAGCAGCCCGAGAUGGCAGGCUUUGGGCUGGCGAUCAGAUUCUGGAGGUGAACGGGAUCGAUCUGCGGAGUGCCAGCCAUGAAGAAGCUAUCACUGCCCUGAGACAGACACCCCAGAAGGUGCAGUUGGUUGUUUAUAGAGAUGAAGCACAUUACAAAGAUGAAGAAAACCUGGAGAUUUUCUAUGUAGAUAUACAAAAGAAAACGGGCCGAGGACUAGGGCUCAGCAUAGCUGGAAAACGAAAUGGAAGUGGAGUGUUUAUCUCUGACAUUGUUAAAGGAGGAGCUGCAGACCUAGAUGGAAGAUUAAUUCAAGGAGAUCAGAUUUUGUCUGUAAAUGGAGAGGAUAUGAGAAAUGCCUCACAAGAGACUGUUGCCACUAUACUUAAGUGUGCCCAAGGUCUAGUGCAUCUUGAGCUUGGGAGACUGCGAGCUGGAUCAUGGCUGUCAUCCCGGAAAGCCUCUGAAAACACUCAGGCAAGCCAGCAGAAUGUCCAUAGCCACUUCCACCCUGCGCUUGCUCCGGUCCUCUCUACCUUACAGAAUUUUGUCAGCACAAAAAGAUCUUCAGCGGAUGUGUCUCAGAGAAACUCAGUAGGAGCAGAUAUGGGCCCAAGGACUGUGGAGAUAAUGAGGGGACCAAAUGAUGCACUUGGUAUCAGUAUAGCAGGAGGAAAGGGAAGUCUGUUAGGAGAUAUUCCCAUCUUCAUUGCUAUGAUUCAAGCCACUGGUGUGGCUGCACGCACCCAAAGACUCAGGGUUGGAGAUCGGAUUGUCAGUAUUAAUGGGCAACCUUUGGAUGGGCUGUCUCAUGCAGAUGCAGUUAAUCUACUAAAGAAUGCUUAUGGGAGCAUUAUCCUGCAGGUUGUGGCUGAUACCAACAUCAGUGCCAUUGCUACCCAGCUGGAGAACAUGUCUGCAGGAUGCAACCUCAACUCUUCUUCUGAGCAUCCUUCAGAAGAUCCUGAAGCACCUCAGCCUAAGAUUAUUACUUUGGAGAAAGGCUCUGAUGGACUGGGAUUUAGUAUUGUAGGGGGGUAUGGAAGUCCCCAUGGAGACCUGCCCAUUUAUGUCAAGACUAUAUUUGCCAAGGGAGCGGCUGCAGAUGACGGCAGACUGAAGCGCGGCGACCAGAUUUUAGCAGUGAACGGGGAAGCUUUGGAAGGUGUUACUCAUGAGCAAGCUGUGGCCAUCCUGAAGCGCCAGAAAGGAACUGUAACAUUAGCAGUGUUAUCAUGAAUGUUGUUGCACUCGUGGAGAUCAAUACAAUUCUUUUAGAACAUCAGUAGAGCUGUUAUUAACACUUCAGCCCCAAGCAGGGUGUAAAGCAAACCCUGGCAAAAAUGAAUCAGUCUUCACCACCUUGCCAGAAAGGGCAGUGUGCAUCUCCAGCUUCAUUUAGCCUCCCACAUUUAUCAGCCUUUCUCCCCACCCUCCCCUGCUUCUGGUGGCUUUUGAGGUUUCUCUGGACAAGUUUAAUUAAGAAACUUCAAAGAACAGUAUCUGUUUUAUUUAUACAUCAGUUUAUCCACAGUAGUCUGAACCCCAGUUAAAACUGCUGAACCUGGAAUCAGUUCGCACACAAAAGAGAGUUUAGAUCAUCAACUAAUCUCAUCUGAUGAGCAGAAAUAAAUGCUGAGUGACUUGUCAUCUCACUCAUGAUUUACUUAUGCUAAUUGUCCUUUCAAGUAUGCCAGAAAACAUUAGCAAUGUAAUUAAAUUACCACUGUUCCAAAUGAUGAAAUAUCAAAUUCUCCUCUGGGAAAUUAUUUGUGCUCGGCACAGUAAGUCUGAUAGUUAAAUGUGAACUCCUCAUGUUUAUCUCUUUGGGUAGGUCUCUGCAAGUUAGUCAGAGGUAAUUACUGUGAUGUGUCAAUUUGCAGCCUUUAGCAUGAAAAACAAACGAGGGGAGAGGGAAAUUUAUUUUUUUUAGGCUUUUAAGAUGUUUGAGCCUUUUCAGGUAUCUAGGCAGCAUGAACAACUGCAGCGUAUCUCGUUCUGUUCUAAUUGUGUUUUUAAAGAAGAACCACCACACUGAUAGAUGCCAGGCGCGUUGCGUACAAAGGCAGUUGUCGUGCCAAGUUGCAGCAUAAUUGUUCAUCCUGAAACUUUAAUGAAGACAAAAGUUUACUUCAGCAGUAUGAUCCUGUAAUGCUAAUAAUGAUGGUGAGCAGUCCCUCUGCACCUUGUCUUUAGGGACAGAUGAAGUCAAUCCAAACCAGGAAACCGUUUUACGUUUCCAGGAGUCUCCCCAGGAUCAGAUAGUGCAGGAAGAGGCUUUCACGGAUCGCAGAGGAUGCUUCUCCCUGGGGGCUGCUGGAAUUCAGGUUUGGAUAAUACCAAAGAACACCACGUGGGGGUGAGAUGAGCACUGCAGAAGACUGCUGAGGCAGUUUGAGGUGAGGUCCAUGCCCAUACCCCCAGGACAGAGCAUAUGGAAGGGGGUUCCUCAGCCCACUUGGAUGGCUCAGUUGAAGCUAUUUUCUGUUCAAGCUAAGCCAGGUGAGAGCAUUUUGAAGCCCACGAGGAGCCUUCCCAAGGCCUGCCCUGCUCUGUUUGGUGAAGGUAGGAUGCAGGAACAUUCAGCAACUUUGUUAGGUGUUGCAGCCAUUCCUGCAGUCAUUAUAUAACCAUAGCAUUCGUGAUUUAGCAAUUAAUUUGGCAGGGAGAUUAGUGGCAGUGCAAGUCAUUGUGGUUUGAUCUCCCUGUCCAGAGGAACAGCAGGGUUUAGAGGAGGCAGCCCAGUCUGAUUUGAACUGUUUGGUAUAAUUUAUAAUGACAGUGUGGCUGGGAGAAAUGAAAGAGGUCAGAACUGACUGCUCAUUUUACAUUAAAAAUCCCUGGAAUUCAAUGGAAAGAAGACUCACAAUCUGUAGUGUAAUACCUGAAUAGUGCAGGAUUUGUAUUCACAGUGCUGUUGGUCAGAAUGUUUUAGCUGUGGCAAGAAUUCCCCUGUUUUAUUUAAAGGAACAGGUACUGAAGGGAGAUGAACUCCUCUGAAACAAGCAAGCUGUAAUUAGCUCUCAUGGAAACUAUUUUCCUUAUUGCAUUGAAAAGUUUUCCUUAACUUUAGGUGAUCACAAAGUGCAUUUAGCCUGCCAGGACCUUUAGUUGGGUAUUUGGUUCAUAGUGCCUGGAAGAGACUGCAGGUUUUCCAUGGAUUCCCACUGUACUGUUUUGAUUUGUCAAGUGAAGUGUUAGUGAUUGUGGAUGCAGAAACGCAUCCGGAUGAAGGAAAUUGGAGAGUUUUUAACAAACUGCCUUUGGUUGCAAAGGUAUGCAGAAGUUAAAGGUGGGGAGGUGAAAUGUGAAGAAGUGCCCUCAGAAAUCGCAUAGGGAAUUGAUGAACAAAAUGUAGUGAUUCUUCUGUCUGAUCAUGUUUUUAUAACUGCUGCAUUCCUACUUUGAGAUGUUGCCACAUUUAAUCUAUGAAGUUUUACGUGGCUGUUUAUUAGCCUAUUAUGCACAUCCUGUUCAUACACAUAAAGAUCAGAAUUUAUGGGCUGAGAUAUUUUGCACUUCUCAUUGCUCAGAAUGAGAGAGAACAUUUUCUGCUUCUUGUAAUUUGCACUUUGCGUGUCGAGUAUAUUACUGCCAAAAAUUAUAUUGCAACUAAUUGAUAAACCAGUGACCGUGCAGGGAAGCGUGUGCUCUGUGUACAGGACCAAGUCAGAGAUUUAAAUCUGCAUUACACUGGUCUGGGUUGAGGUGCUCUGGUUUUAGAGCUUUAUUUCUGUGCAAGGGAAAAGGCAAUUAGACUUCCUCAUUGUAUGUUUAUGUAUAUCAGUAAAAUGAGACAUUUUAUGACUUUCAAAGAUUCUAAAUAAAGCUCCAUUGCAUAA